AAUGACGAAAGCAAAUAUUCCUUAUAGUGUAAAAAUAUCACUAAUUUCAUAAUUGAUAAUGUUGGGUGUUGCAAUUGUAUUUGAGUUUACACUAUUUUUCACAAAUAUAUAUGAGAUAUAUUCACCUAAGAUAUGUACGAUCUCAUUCAAUGGAAAAGAAAGAUGUUUAAAUUAUGAUGGUUAAUAUGAAACUUUCAAUGUAGAUUGUGAAGACUGUUAAUUUUUACAUCUCAUUUGGCCAUUGUCUUUUGCUGAAAUUACAUUAUUAAUGUGUAUUUUUAUAUGCAAAAUAUAUUAUUUCUAGACUUUGAAAUGUGGCACUAUUAUAAAGGUAAUAUCAAUUAUUUUAAUAACAAUAAUAUUAAGCUUAGAAAUCUAUUUGCUUUUACAAUUUGAUAACAAUAUACCUUAAGUUUUAACUUUUAAUUAUACUAUUAAGUUAUAUCCAAUUAUCACAAAAUUAACUAUUGGAAUUUUAAUCUUAUCUAUAAUAAUAGCAAUAUGGAUUGAAGAUAUUUAAACUUUGAAGUAUAAGAAAGAAUUAUCAAUAUUAAACUCUUCUUGCUGUUAUUCAUAAUAAUUGUUAUAAAUUUAGUGA